AAUUGUAAUUAGUAAAGUGCACAAUUGUUACCUAGCUAACAUGUUCAAAUAGGAAAUGAAAAUUUCAACUGGUUUGAAAAUGAGAUUGAAAUCUUGUAUAAAAGGAAAACCCCCAAAAUUUUGUUGUAUUGUUUGAGAUUUAUCCCCAUGUUUUUUAGGUGAAUUGUUAUGGAUCAUUACCAUAGUUCUUGAAAUUUUGGAAUCAAAAUGAAACAAAUUAAGGUAAUUUUUUUUUUUUGUGGUGGAAAAUCCUGUCAGAAUAACAAGCCAUCAGUAAUUUUGAAAUAAGAGCAAGGAAGAAAAGUACGAUAGACCUGCUAUAGAGGCUAAAGUCGUCAAGAUUCACAACUCAUGCAAACUCCUUGUUAGGAUGGAUAUGCAGCAGAUGUACAGUUAUGGUGUGAAUGGUGUAAAUUUAUCCUCUGAUUCUUCCCACGACUCUACCCCGAUGAUUCCUGAUUGGGUUAUUACUCCUAUGAAAUUCGAUAUUGGCGGUUCACCAAAUUCUCCUCUUUCAUCUCGGUUUAAUUGUGAUACCUUUACUACACCGUGCAACAGCCAAGAGCAGUGUAGCUCAACUGAAAAUCUGUCAGCUGUCAGCCCUGCUUGUAACUCAUUUGAGACUGAUAGUUAUUAUCAGACCAACCCUUCCACCAUCUAUUUUCUUAACAAUCAAGAACGGCAGGGCAGCAUGGUGUUCAGGGAUGCGAGUGGUGCUCAGAACAUGAAGCUAGCUCUAGAGGAAAUUGAAUCUGCUCUGAUGAGCCCUGAUACCAAUGAACAUGAAGCAACCACUAUGGGUCAUGGCGAGUUCCAUGGGAAUACAAGGCCAGGAAAUUUGAACCAGAGAUCAAGACCAUCUUAUCAUGGGUCACCAGCAUCUCAGCCUGCCACAUAUAUUACUCCGACGCAACAGAAAUCCAGUCAUGGACUCAAGGCAGAGAAACGCCACAGAACGACCGAAGAACCACAGCAUGAAAUACAGAUUCCACAAGGUAACUUGAAGAAACUUCUGGUUGAAUGUGCAAGGGCACUAUCUGAAAACAGGAUGGAUGAUUUUGAUAAACUGGUCGAAUAUGCCAGAUCUGCUGUAUCAGUUAGCGGGGAUCCAAUCCAGCGUUUGGGUGCUUACAUGGUAGAAGGGUUAGUUGCCAGAAAGAGAUCGUCAGGUUCUGUAAUAUAUGGUUCACUGAAUUGUAAACAACCAGAAGGGAAGGACCUGCUCUCGUACAUGCGUCUUCUUUAUGAGAUCUGCCCGUACAUGAAAUUUGGGUAUAUGGCAGCCAAUGGUGCUAUCGCCGAAGCAUUUAGAAAUGAAGACCAGGUGCACAUAAUAGACUUCCAGAUAGCUCAGGGAACACAGUGGAUCACUCUGAUUCAAGCUCUAGCUGCAAGGCCAGGAGGGCCUCCCCACGUGCGAAUUACUGGCAUUGAUGACCCAGUCUCCCAAUAUGCUCGUGGUGAUGGUUUGGCGAAAGUCGGGAACAUGUUGGCGUUAAUGUCUGAGAAAUUCAAGAUCCCCGUCGAGUUUCAUCCGGUGCCAGUGUUUGCCUCUGAUAUCACAAGGGAAAUGCUUGAUGUGAGGCAUGGAGAGGCUGUGGCCGUGAACUUCCCUUUGCAGCUUCACCAUACCCCAGAUGAGAGUGUGGACGUGACUAAUCCGAGGGAUAUGCUUUUAAGGAUGGUAAAAUCUCUAUCACCCAAAGUGGUAACUUUGAUUGAGCAGGAAUCGAACACAAACACAACUCCCUUCUUAAUGAGGUUUAGGGAGGCUCUGGACUUCUAUUCGGCAAUGUUUGAGUCAAACGACACAGCCCUAGGAAGGGAAACAAAAGAAAGGAUCAAAGUGGAGGAACAAUGUCUGGCUAGGGACAUUGUGAACGUGAUUGCAUGUGAAGGUAGGGAGAGGGUGGAGCGCCAUGAGCUACUGGGGAAAUGGAGGGUAAGGUUCGAAAUGGCUGGGUUCAGGCCUUUCCCUCUGAGCUCUCACGUCAACUCAGUGAUAAGGGGCCUGGUUAAAAGUUAUUCACAGAGCUACACUUUGGAGGAGACAGAUGGAGCAAUGCUGUUGGGAUGGCAGAACAGGAACUUGAUAUCAGCGUCAGCGUGGUGUUGAGAAGAAUAACAUGGAUAGAUGAAUGUUGUAUUCGGGAAGAAAAACAAAGGAUAAUUAACCAACAACCUAAUUACGUUUAAGAAGUUGUUGAGCAUUUUUGUGAUUCAGUGGGAUAAAAACUUGUACUACUAUAUCUACUACUGGUGCAAUAUAAUUACAGGUUGUUGUUUUAUAUGUGAACCUUCUGAUCUCUUUCCAAAGUUUAAACACGUGUGUACAUUAGAUUUUGUAAAUGAGAGAUGCCUUUCUGAGCAAC